AUGGCUGGAAGAGCUAAAAAAGCGGCACCAAAGAAAAAAGGAGCUGGUUAUAAAAUGCCCGAUCCUAUACCUCUCGGGGAAGUGAUUAAAGAUACUCUCUUCAAAAAAGAGUGGCGGAUAGGUCCGUCUAUAGGUGUCGGAGGCUUUGGUGAAAUAUAUUCAGCUUGCGAUAACACCAGUAAGUCAAAAGCAGACUAUCCGUACGCCAUCAAAAUCGAACCGUCGGAAAACGGCCCGUUGUUUGUAGAAAAUAACUUUUACAUAAGAAAUGCGAACAAAGAUGAUAUUGCUCAAUUUAUUAAAAGCAAAAAGUUAUCAAGUCUUGGUAUGCCACUUUACUUUGGCAGAGGCACUCACGAGUGUAAAGGAGUUACAUACAGAUAUCUGGUGCUUGAAAAAUAUGGCAAAGAUGUGUGGAGUCUCUUUAAUAAUGCUGGAAAAUCAUUUUUGCCAACUACUGUCUUCCAAUUAGGUAUACAAAUGUUAGAUGUCCUAGAAUACAUCCACAGCCGAGGUUACGUCCACGCAGACAUAAAAGGCGCCAACAUGCUAUUAGGUCUCAAGAAAGGGUCUGAAAAUCAGGUAUACCUUGUGGACUUUGGCCUGGCCACCCGAGUGAGGGAAGACCAGCCCUUCACUCCCAACCCCAAGUGUGCACACAAUGGCACUAUUGAGUACACAAGUAGAGAUGCACACUUAGGAGAGCCCACAAUGCGGGGAGACCUCGAGAUCUUGGGCUACAACAUGCUGCACUGGCUCAUCGGCGAACUGCCCUGGGAGAAGUCGCUCAAGACACCACAGACGGUGCAGACAUUGAAAGAGAACUUUAUGAAAGAUGUCCGGAAAAAUGUUUCAAAGUACAGUAAUGUGCCAGAGGCCUUAAUCAAAUUCCUCGAGUACAUCAAUUCUAUGAAACCAAAAGACGUACCUGACUACGCGAAGUGCCGCAAAAUAUUAGAGGAUUACCUCAAAAAGCAAGGUGUAAAAAGUUCUACCAAAUUAGAUUUCUCUAAUUCUAAGAAGUUGUCUAAAAUUAAAGCAAACAUAUCAGAAGAUGUGGAAGUAUUGGAUAAUGAAACAGUUAAGGAAGUACAGAACGGAGAUGUACCCAAGAAACGCUCACGAAAGGUCAAAGUUACUUCUGAAGUAGACACAGAGAACAGACAACCUGAAACACAAAAGGAAACAAAGAAGAGUAACAAAAGGAAAUCUUCUGAACCUAUCGUAGUGGUUAAUGUUAAGAAGACCCGAUUAAAACCCAGUGCCACACCACCAGCUAAGAAGAACCACACAAAUAUCGCCACACAAACAUCCAUAGAGAAACCGACGAGACGUUCUCCGAGAGUGCAGACCUCCCGCCAUGUGUCAUUCGAUAGUCCCAUUAGUGAAAUUGUUGGUGAUAAAACUGGAGAUUCGAUCAACUCCAGCGGAGACAUCUUUGAUGAUUCGUUUACUAUCAAGGAGGUUAAAGUUAAGCCUAGGAAGAAGUUAUUAUCUAAGAAGGAAGAAGAGAUUACAGUUGAAAGGGUAGUUAAGAAGAAAGUGAGGAGUGUGAAGAAGCUUAAAUCAUGGAAAGAUUCGGCGACAAUAGUCAAUGGACGGUCACCGCCUACGUAA